AUGGCGGCCGCAAACGAGAAUCAAGGCUUGGAAGACUUCCUAGAAAACGAGGGCACACCGGCUGGAGCUCUGGUUCUUACUGCGUUGAUGACAACAGCAACGCAACCGCUUACAUGUGUUAGACUGUUGAUGCAGGUAGUUUUCUAUGUUCUAUGAGGAAUGUUCAAUAGUGCUUUCGCUUUAUCUUCAUUCACUUCAAUGUACCGGCUUGCAAUUUGGAAAUGCUGAGUUAAAGUCAAAGAGACAUGAAGUCCUCGUAUGUGACCUUUGAAAUUCUGAUAACGUUUAUUUUUGGUUGAGCAAUUGUGAUGGGCUAUUUACUAUGCAGAUUUUUGGUGCACAAAGUGAAAACAUAUGCAUCAAUCAAUUUCAGCUGCGUUUGAGUCUAGAUCCCCAUCCCAAAAAUACUAAAGUACCCCGAUAACAUUCACCCUCUAUUCCUUAAAUCUUCUUUUGCCUCAUAAAAUAGGCUAAAACAAUGUGCUGAGUUUGUGAUUAGCUGUAUGUCAAUGUUAGAGGGUUAGAUGGGAGGAUCACAGUUUUAAGGAAGCUUCCCAUUUCCUUUCUUUGUGUUUCAAUUCAAGGUUGGUCAUGAGCCAAUUCCCCCAGCUCCAUCAAGAACAUUUUUAGGAACAAAAGUGCUAAGAUUACCAAGUUUCUUUCAGUAUGGUAAGUUGUGCAAGACUGCAAAGAGUCUUUUGAGACAUCCUGCUAAUGAGUUAUGGUUCAGGUAUCAAAUGCCUACUGGAGUAGGGUUACCAAACCAAUAGACUUGGUGUAGAAGUGGGAGGGGGGGGGGGGGGGGGGGGGGGUGAAGGGCCACAAAAAAAUGGGUAAGAGGAGGGGAUUUCCCUUUCCCCGUUGGACGGAAUUUAUAUGAAUUACAGAAAAGCCCUUGGAAUAAACUAUGUGAAUGAAUGAGAUUGUUGAAAUAUCGUAUGUGUUAUGGAUUGUGUAGGGGCGGAAGAUGGGAAAGGGUGGUUUGAGGAGUGGUGAGUGGGGGAGGUUUGUUGCGGGUGUGAGGUGCAGGGGGGGAGGGGGUGCAAAAAUAAGUGGGUUGGGUGGGAGGGGGGGGGGGGGGGGGGAGUGGAGGGGGGUUGAAGGGCACACAAAAAUUGGUAAGACGAUGUGCAUUGCCUUUCUCCGCUUGACUGAAAUUAUAUUGAAUACAGUAGAAGCUCUGGUAAGCAGACACCCUCAGAACGUGAAAAAGUUCUCCGUAAAUGCAGCUGGCCACUUACAAGUUUGGUUUUCUGGUCCUUUGUAGCCAUUUGAGGUGUAAGGGUUAGAUGGCCACUUAGAGGAGCUUGGUCAGCUACAAAUAAAAAUUGGGAUUGCAAAAACUUUUUUGUUAGUGUUUGGCUAUACUUUUUUUCUAACCUGAGUAUCAGGCUUUCUUGUCAGGGGCGGAUCCAGAAUUUUUCUUGGAACUGACUGGUGACUUAAACAACUUUUAAAAGUGAAUACGAAGAAGGCUUUUGAUUAGGCAAUAACAUAAUGUUAACUUGCUGAGAAUACACAGCAUGCAUAUCUGCAUAUUUUGCAGAAUACCAGUUGUAUUGGAAAGCCGCAGAUCAUCUCCAGGGGGGGGGGGGGAUGUGUGUAUCCCCUGCACCCUCCCCCUAUUUCUGCCCCUGCUUGGCCUGGUACUCAGGUUACUUUUGUUCUGACAAUGUUGAAAUUUAGACACAGGCAUAAUAUUCAAGUGGUUCUUUGAAGUGAAACUACUUGUGUAUAUGUGAAAUGUUAGUACAUUGAAACUGAUGUGAAUUCAUCGUGAAGAAGGGCAAUUUGAAUUUUGAAUAUUAAAAUACUAGAUUCAAAGGAGACUGAGAUUUCAUUUUGGGUGUCGCUUAUGGGAGAUUAAAAGCCAAAAUCAGACUCGUAUACCCCAAGAGUGUCUGUGGCCCCUUACGGGAAAUAUGUAACAAUACGUAGUUUUCAUGGGAGUUGAAAUGGGGUUUUGUAAGUAUAGCUGUCCACUUACAAGUGUGUCUCCUAGAAGAGCUUCCACUGUACUGCAUUCAUGCAGACUAACAACUGGUUUAUAUUUUAUUUUUAUUAGUUGUUUUGAUUUAUAUUAUAAUAGCAAAUCACAUCAAGAAGUUGGAUGGAUGGAGUGGAUUGUACCGAGGAUUACUGCCAAGAGUUUACUCAUCUAUGAUUGGAACUCUUGUAAACCAUACUGUUUUACAGGUACGAAAGCACCCAGGAAGAUGGUCAACUCCCCUGGUGACAACAUCAUUUGCAUCAUAGAGUUACAUAUAUCUACCUUCAUGUAGAGUCAGUAAAAAAAAAAUGACUGAAACAUAACAGGCACCAACUCAAGGUGUGCAUCAUUGAAAUGCUCAUUGUAUAGGGGGGUUAAACUAGUUACAGUGGCCUGGGAAAAUCAAAGCUAAGAAAUCAAAAGAAUCAGAUUUCGUCGUGUUAAAUAUUAAGAAAUGAAUAGCAGUCUGCAGAUUGUUCUGCCAAAGUGGUUUCAUUUGAUUUGUAACACCAUACUUACUUACUUACUUACACGGAUUUAAAAGUUAGAGUGACUAGUAGUUUUACCCUUAAACUGGUCUAAAACCCUAAAAAAUAAUGUUUCAUGUUUUACUUUCCACUGAAUUUCAUUUCUGGGUUCAAAAUCUUCUAGACCCAAAACAGACUGCUUUAUGCCUAAAGAUAUAUAUGCAGUAAGGUGUCUUGACUACUUUGGCCUUGUCACAUAUAUAUACCUGCCAACUUUUUCGGAGUCAAAUGCGUGAGAUUUUCUCCUUGUCAUGACCGGGAUUUCAGAAAACGUUCCAGCAACUUCCAAUGAUUUUCUGAGGACUUCCAAACGUUGCUGAAAAUGUUCGAAGAUGUUCCUACAACCUCUUAGCACUUCCAAAGCUCUUUAAAAACAACAAUGUUAGUGUGUUUUGAUUUCAUUAGAACACAAAGUCAUCAUUCCUCGCCUUUUUGGAAUAUUUUCGUGGAAAUUGAAAUGAAUUUUUGUUAUUAAUCAUGUGAGAACAAUGUUUGUCCAGACUUGUGAGUCAGGUGGGAGGAAUUGUCCUUGAUGUCUAAGAUCUAUGUCUUUUGUCUGCAGGCAUGAGACUCACCCAUAAUUCAUGAGAGUUGGCAGGUAUACAUACACAGACAUGAGAAAAUAUUGUGUCACGGUUCAACCCGCUGUAAAAUGUUGACAAUAGUAGUUUGCAAACCUUGUUCACAGCUGUUUAUUUUUUUUUUUCAAGUAACAACCCUUUUUUGCAAAGCGUAAUUUAUUUUUGUAUUAUUACUGUUAUUGUUUGUGCUCACCAGGCCAUAUCUACGAAAGGCAACACACUCGUUCCCAUUGUAAAUCGAGAAAACAAGGUUUGUUUCCUUUUUAAUGGUCAACACCUUGGUAAUUACUUUUAUAGUUAAGGUAUUUACUUUAAGGUAAGAUUUGUCAAUUCGAUUUUUAAAUAUCAUUAAUUUUGUGGGAGUGUUCUUAGUACUCUGCCACUCAAGUCAACUCAAGUUAUAGUUUAAUUCAUUGAAAAAUUCAGGGGGGAUACUCUCAACUAUUGUUUUUUCUGGCCCCAGUGCGGAUAGAGCCAAAGGACUUUUUCGAUUUUGAAAGUUUGGUCACAAAAGAGAGACUCUCUCCUCCACAGAGGCUCCCGUUUGGUAUUCUUUUCUCCCUGUCUCCAGGCUCUCUACGAAAAACACAGAGGUCUCUGCGGAGGGGAGAGGAAGAGAAACAGAAUGUUUUAGGGGCAUGGUCUAACAAUCAGAUUAUUUGGGGUUGACUUUGUUCAGGCUCAAUUUCAAUCCUUUUACAUUUGGGUGCCACAUCAUGGGUCAGAGUGAGAGCAGUCUUCUUAAAGCUGACUGACAUCAGCAUUAAUUAUUUUUUAUUGCACAGUAUGCAUAUAGGGUUCACAAGUACAUUAAAAAAUAUUGUUAAACCUUUUGUCCGUUACUUUCUACUAUGGGUCUUGAAAACUAACUUUAAAAUACCAUGCAGCAGUAAGGAUGGAAACCAGAGUUCUCAAUUUAGGAUUUGAAGUAGGUGUCUGUCCCGCCUUAAGUGGUCGUCUGUCACGGACUGGGGCCAAAAACUAGGAAGGGAAAAGCAGCAAAUAGAAUGCAAAGUAAGUGGCUACAAGUUCCACAGUAGGCGAUGAUCAAUUGCCAGGUGCUGGCUUCUAUUGGGAACCCUGUAUAAACCAGUACUGUACUUUAUAAACCAACUCUAGGGAAAUUGUUUUGGCAAAAAACUCAUCAUCGUCAGGGAGUUUUUGAGAAAUAAAUUUUAUUGAGGCCUCUCUUAAACCACCCCACCUCUUCAUAACGAUAAUACUUGAGCGUUUUUCUUGUGACAUACUUUUUGUUUCUUUGUUUCUUCAAUUUUUAGACCAAACAGGAAGAGUUAAAAGAGUUUGCUCAAGAGGUGAGUCAUCUGCAUCAAAACUCUUUAUCCCCUUAUUCUGGCAAUUUUUUGAUAAAAGUUUCCAGUGAAAAUGUUUAAAAUAUUGUGAUUGCAUUAUUGAGUACAUUGGAACCUUGAUAAAACGAACCCCUACAUGUAUGUAACAAGUCCUUGGUACUGAUAUUAUUAAGCAUCCCUUUAGUUGUACUUGAGUCCCCUGCUCUUGCCCCUGGGUAUCAGAAAGGCGUAUAGUGGGUUUGAGAGUAUGCUUAGUGGAAAGUGAUGCAUACAGUUGCGUUAAAAUUUCAUGUCUCAGGCAGGGCUGUCAUGUAAGACUGAAGAUCACAAUUUGGGGAUUUCCCCGAGCUAGUUACUUUCAUGGGAAACAAAAUGUAAACAGAAUCAAAUGAAAUUCCUAACUGUUCAAUUCCCUACGUAAUGAAUAAAUUGCUCAGAGUUUGUACAGGUCAUGGAAACCUGGAAAGCCAUGGAAUGUAAGAAAUUCAUUUUCCAGGACUGGAAAGUCAUGAAAUUUAAAUGUUGGUCCUUGAAAGUCAUGGAAAAUUAAAGUUUUGUUUGGUAAAGUUAGUUACCGCAGAUAACAAGGCAAGGACAAUGGAAGAUAAAGAGGAGUAAUGCAUGUCGUGUGUACUGUUUAAUUAUUAAACAGUACACACAACAUGCAUUUUGGUUGACACCAGAGUUUAUGUCUGUUAAACUGUUAAGGUCAAAAAAUACCCUAAAACAAGGAAAGUUUUUAAAAUUUUUGAAACUGACAGCUAAACUUAAGGUCAUGGAAAACUCAAAAAGGUCAUGAAAAAAGUCAUGGAAUUUGUAGAGCUGAAAAGAGUAUGAACCCUAAUUGCAAUACCUGGCAACUUGAAAUCUUAGUGAUAGUCUUGCCAGCGCCGUGCCUUGUACCAGUAAAUUAUUCAACUCAUGGCUAUGUUGCAUGUCAAAAUUAGAUUCAGGUUAAAAUAUUUAAACAGAAUCCACAACGAUUCACUAAGCAACAGAUCCACAAAGAUCAGCUCAAAAAUGCCAGUGUGAGAUGCAACGUAAGUCACAAGAUAAGCAAAAGGCGCCUGCGGUCACCCCUCAGGUCAUGUACGCUGGAGGAGGAGACCGCUUGCAAUUUAACUUUGCCUAAAUUACAUUUAGCCACAUUUAUAAUUUGAAACCCUAGUUUGAUUCUCAAUUUCCUUUGUCUCCUAGCCCUAACUAUUAUUGAGUUAGGACUAGGGGACAAAGGAAAUUGAUAUAAUCAAUUGAGGUUUAAAAAAGUUAAAUUUAAUUUUUACCUGUAACAUCUAUCUUGGUGUCAAUUAUUUACUUUAGUUUGGUGGUGCUUUUUUCUGGUAAAAUGAUUUUACCAGAAAAAAGCACCACAAUUAAGGGAAAGACCUAAAUGUUUAUUUUUCUUGUCAGUAGCAACUUAUUUUUUGCAUUUGCAUUUUUCAGACUUGUAUGCAGGUAGUAGCAAAAAGCAGUGCUCUCAUAAUCAGUCAUCCAUUUUAUGGUAAGUCUCUUUGUUUUAACUUCAGAACUCAUGGCUCUCUUUUAAUCCAAAACUUUACAAGGUACCUUUCAAUAUUAUCUGUGUUUUUUACUUUCAGUUAUCUCCGUUCGGAUGAUGGUCCAGUUUGUUGGAAAGGAGACAAUUUAUAGGUCAGCUGUUUUGAAUCAGUUUUUACAUAAAAAAAUUUUAUAUUUUGCUCAGAAAAAACCAAACCUCCAUUUCAUGGUCAAUUCAACAUCCAGCCAUUAUGUACUCUUAGGACACUGACCGAUAUUUCAUAGUUACAGUAUUGUGCAAUGAAUUAUAUGAUAUUAUUAUAUAGACACGAGUGUUUUACUGAAAAAUAUACCACUCAUAAAAUUCAUAAAAACUACAUCCAGGACCUGAGUGGUUUAUUUUCCAUAAUCUCACACAUGAGUUUAUCGAUGAUGUAAUUUUGGUAAUUUCCCUCUAUUAUUAAUAUUUAUUGAUAUCAUUUUGUCUAUCUAAUAAAAAAAAUAUUACCCGGUGGCUUGAAGAUAUGAAUUUUAUUUUCUUGUGGCAAAAACAAUAUUUUGCUCACUCACUGCACUCGUUAGUAAAAUAUUGUUUUGCCACUCGAAAAUAAAAUUCAUAUCUUUGGGCCACCGGGUAAUAUCCUCUAUUUAUAUUGUUGUGUCAUGACCAAUCAAAUAAGUGAUCAGGACAUGAAGGCAAACUACAAACAACAACCUAUUUACCAUUGCUGCUUAAAGUUUAUAAGCGGGUUAAGCAUAAUUAUCCAGGUGAAGAUAGGCCUGAAUAGGACUGUUGUUGACAGUGACUGACAUUUCAAGAGACUGUGUGGAAUAAUGAUUGGGUCUAUCCUGUUGACAUAACAUUCCAGAAAUAAUUUUGGCAUUUUUAGUUUUCUUAGUUUGAUGGCAAAUGAUAAAUGUUUUAUGAAAUGCUAAAAACUGAAAUUAUUGAUAGAGUACUAAAUGUUAGAGCACUCCCCAAAAUAACUGUUGUCCAUUACAUUCUUAUUUUCAGUGGUCUGCGUACCUCUAUUAGAGAAAUUUACAACAAUGAAGGCAUUGCUGGAUUCUUUAGGUAAGAACUAUGUCUCAAUAUAUUAUUCAUCUCUUUCUGAAAAAAUCUAAUUUCUUUUUGUAAAAUCCUCAGAAAUAAGUACCCUAGCACUAAGCAAAAGUUUUGAGGAGAGAGGUUUCAUUUGAAUGGUAAACCCAUAGAAUUCUGUCCACAGAUUUAAGUCUUAGAGUAACAAGUAAUCAAGCCAUUACUUCAUCUGGGUGUAAAAGGGUACUUAAGAAUUGCACAUAGGUAUAUAAUAUUAUUUUUUCAAUUUUUGUUAUUGCCUUCCAACUCAUUACACUGAUCAACAGCAUUGUGUCACAUGGUUCCCUAAAUCAUCUUGUUCACCGGUCAACUUACAUCUAAAAUAGUUUCUCUGUGUAGUGGAUAGGGUUCACAAAGUUAGUUUUACACAAGAAGAAAGUUCAAAGAGGGAGAAAAGGCCUUAAGUCUUUGUCAAUCUUUGUUUAAAUCUUUUUUGUUUUUUAAUCAAGUGCCUAAAACAAUGUUUUUACUCAUGAAUCACAGCACCUUCAGUAGUUAGCUUAUUUUUUAAAAAUACUGGUAGUUUAUGCUUGUUUAGUGACAACAACCUUUUCUUCAUCCACUCUUCCUCUUUAAAGUGGUAUCAUUCCUCGUCUCAUUGGAGAGAUCCUUUCCUUGUUGUUAUUUCGUGGAGCAUGCUUCUUGGUUAGCAAGUACGCUAUUGACAGUGAGGUAUGGACUUAUAAUAAAAAACAACUGAUCUGAAUGUUGGAAAUGUAAGCCUGCCUUAUGACUACCCUUGACUGUCAGUUUGAGAACUCUUCAUGGUUUUUUUAUGACAUUCAAUAGAGCAGAAAGAAUCCCAAUUUCACAGGCAAAAGUUAUGUGUUGGAUGUGCCAUCAUUGGACUCUCACCCGACCUAUCUCCGACCCCCACCCCUCUCCAGAACCCCCAUCACCAACUACCACCCAUCUCAUUCCAGUCAGGGAAUUUUGGUGACUAACUGGUCUUGUCAAAAACACCCUCUUGAUCUAAAAUAACUAUACAGUCGAAUCCCGAUAACUCGAACCUUCAAGGGAAAUAGAAAACAGUUUGAGUUAUUGGGAGUUUGAGUUAUCGAGGGUAAAAUUAUAUAGAAAAUGAUCUGAAGGGAAAUGAAAAUUGCUUCGAGUUAGCGGGAGGUUCGAGUUAUAGAGGGUUCGAGUUAACGGGAGUCGACUGUACUAGUCUAACUCAGUCUAACCCAUUACAGACAGUUGGCAGAAAAAUUUCACAUAAGACAGUAAACGACAGUUGGCAGACAGCUGGCCAACAGUUUUUUGGGAAGCUGUUCUUCACUUUUUUCUAAUAAGGCCCUUUUAGGGUUAAAUUCUGACAAGCAACAUGGCCUUGAAACAGCGACAUAAGACAGAUGGAAUGGCGACAAACAACAUGAAGAUGGGUUGACUGGGACAGCGUCAGGGAAAAUCACAAAAUUAAUACAAUAGUAAAAUAAUGACAGCAACAUGGCCUCCUAUUCAAUACGUGAAAUGUCUGAACAUAAAAUUCAGACAAGGGCCGCACAUACCCCCCCCCCCCCCCCCCCUCAUAAAGCCUCAUUUUUUUAUGGUAUUGGCACCCAUCUCUUAACUCGUCAGUAUACUCUCCUUUUUUGUAUUUUUCUCACUUAAUUUNAAUGAAUUAACUAAAGAAAAAUGCAUUCAACAGAGAACUCAAGACAAUUGUGAUGAGACGGUAGGUCAGCUCAGGGCAGCCUCUAAAAAGACCUAAAAAUUCCUGUCUAUUUGGCCGGGACAAAAAUUAAAUAAUACAUUAAAAAUAUUAAUAUUUGCUGUAGCUGCCCCAAAACUGUGCAAAAAUCUCCCAUUAAAUUUAAGAUUGCAUGAGCAACUUGGUUGUCAUUUUUAAGAAUCUUUUUAAAACCUACCUUUUUAAAAAUUGGCAUUUAACUUGUAAUUAAUUUCCUCUAAAUUUUAACCUUUGAAUUUUUAUUAUAGUUUUAUUGUAAAGUAAGAUGAGCAAAUAGUGAUAAUGACACUAUAUAAAAUAAUGUCUUAUCAUCUUCUUCUUAUUAUUAUUAUUAUUAUUAUUAUUAUUAAUACAAGCCAAGAUUAGCUGUAGACCAUUAUUUUCCAGUGAAUAAAGGUAAUUUUUCCUCACCUAUAAUAUUUUUGAGAAUGAACACAAAAACAAUACAGUGAAAACCAAUAAUGUAUUAAUAUAUUUUUCCUUUUUUGUGUUAAACAUGCAUGUUUUCCUAAAUCUCUAAUGAUAAUUUUUAAUUGAAGUAUGUUGCCGGAGUGGUCACAUAUCCAUUUACACUGGUGUCAAACAUGAUGAUCGUCAACCAUGUUGGGUUAGUCUUGCUGUUAUCUUUAUUUUUAUUUAAGUGUGACCAUAGAGUUCAGCUGUAAUCAAUAUUAAACCUUCAAUGCACUUAACAUUUUCAUGAGGCCAAAUUUAAGUACAGUGGUCACAUUGUCUUCAUAUGGGGUAACUUUGGAGAACAAAAUAAUCCACACCCCUCCCCUCUCCCCUUCAUUCAAAGUUGGAGUGAUGGUUGUUUUCUAAAUUGAACAGUGCCACAACAUCACAUGGAGGGGAUUGGGGAGGGAAGGCUUUGUUUUCCCCUUUUGAAGUUGGCAAAAUGUCAGAGAGGCGCAAAGGGCAAAGGGUCUCAAGUUAUUUUGUCACUGAUUGUUGAUAACCAUAGUAAAAACUACAUUUGUACAUUCAAGGAGUUUACUGAGAAGGGAGCAGCUGUCAAGUUUUCAAUAAUUAUUUCCUGUAAAAGGUUUUACAGUGUGGGUAAAUGGCUGAAAGAAAAGUUUGACCCAGGGCUGUUGUUAAGGGCUGAGGGCCCAGGACUUUCCUUGGCCAAGUUUGAACUACCUACUUUUCAUGUAGAAAUAUCUGAAAACUGACAAUGCAAGAACAGUAAAAUUAAUAAGCCUAUUUUUCCUGUUUCCCCAGCUAGUUCAUUAAAUGUUGGAGGUGGUAAAAUUUUAAGCAUGGCAUGCUGGUAAUGACAGCAUGAAAUCAAGCCAUGCUUGGUAUAAAAGGAGGAGAUAUAUAUAUUUGGGAAAUGAAUUAAUGAUAAAUCAAAACAAUAAGUCAUGUGGUAUCAGAUCUGAUAAUGGUAUUGUUCUUUUUUGAUGGUUUAGACUUGCCGCAGGUGAACUCCCUGCAAUGCCUGUGUUUUCUGGAUGGACAGACUGUUUUAAACAUCUCAGGAAAACGGUAAUGGUCAGGAUUUUGAGUGUGAAGAGUAUGCUAAGAUCUUAGGUUUGCAGAUAUCUAGCGAUCUUACGUGGAAUAACCACAUAUCCAAUAAUAUUGUUCGUGUGAUGAGGCGCUUUCCAUGACUGGGCUAGUCCCCUUACACAGGUGCCAUGAGUUCUUAAGUGACAAUCUUUUUAAUUACAUCCUGUGUAAUCCUUCGCACAAGCUGUACAGAUUCCUCCCUUCUAAGAACAAGUGCGAGGUCAAUAUCUAUCUAUCUAUCUUAUGACUGCAUUACAUGUGUGAUUUCANUCUAAAUUUUAACCUUUGAAUUUUUAUUAUAGUUUUAUUGUAAAGUAAGAUGAGCAAAUAGUGAUAAUGACACUAUAUAAAAUAAUGUCUUAUCAUCUUCUUCUUAUUAUUAUUAUUAUUAUUAUUAUUAUUAAUACAAGCCAAGAUUAGCUGUAGACCAUUAUUUUCCAGUGAAUAAAGGUAAUUUUUCCUCACCUAUAAUAUUUUUGAGAAUGAACACAAAAACAAUACAGUGAAAACCAAUAAUGUAUUAAUAUAUUUUUCCUUUUUUGUGUUAAACAUGCAUGUUUUCCUAAAUCUCUAAUGAUAAUUUUUAAUUGAAGUAUGUUGCCGGAGUGGUCACAUAUCCAUUUACACUGGUGUCAAACAUGAUGAUCGUCAACCAUGUUGGGUUAGUCUUGCUGUUAUCUUUAUUUUUAUUUAAGUGUGACCAUAGAGUUCAGCUGUAAUCAAUAUUAAACCUUCAAUGCACUUAACAUUUUCAUGAGGCCAAAUUUAAGUACAGUGGUCACAUUGUCUUCAUAUGGGGUAACUUUGGAGAACAAAAUAAUCCACACCCCUCCCCUCUCCCCUUCAUUCAAAGUUGGAGUGAUGGUUGUUUUCUAAAUUGAACAGUGCCACAACAUCACAUGGAGGGGAUUGGGGAGGGAAGGCUUUGUUUUCCCCUUUUGAAGUUGGCAAAAUGUCAGAGAGGCGCAAAGGGCAAAGGGUCUCAAGUUAUUUUGUCACUGAUUGUUGAUAACCAUAGUAAAAACUACAUUUGCACAUUCAAGGAGUUUACUGAGAAGGGAGCAGCUGUCAAGUUUUCAAUAAUUAUUUCCUGUAAAAGGUUUUACAGUGUGGGUAAAUGGCUGAAAGAAAAGUUUGACCCAGGGCUGUUGUUAAGGGCUGAGGGCCCAGGACUUUCCUUGGCCAAGUUUGAACUACCUACUUUUCAUGUAGAAAUAUCUGAAAACUGACAAUGCAAGAACAGUAAAAUUAAUAAGCCUAUUUUUCCUGUUUCCCCAGCUAGUUCAUUAAAUGUUGGAGGUGGUAAAAUUUUAAGCAUGGCAUGCUGGUAAUGACAGCAUGAAAUCAAGCCAUGCUUGGUAUAAAAGGAGGAGAUAUAUAUAUUUGGGAAAUGAAUUAAUGAUAAAUCAAAACAAUAAGUCAUGUGGUAUCAGAUCUGAUAAUGGUAUUGUUCUUUUUUGAUGGUUUAGACUUGCCGCAGGUGAACUCCCUGCAAUGCCUGUGUUUUCUGGAUGGACAGACUGUUUUAAACAUCUCAGGAAAACGGUAAUGGUCAGGAUUUUGAGUGUGAAGAGUAUGCUAAGAUCUUAGGUUUGCAGAUAUCUAGCGAUCUUAUGUGGAAUAACCACAUAUCCAAUAAUAUUGUUCAUGUGAUGAGGCGCUUUCCAUGACUGGGCUAGUCCCCUUACACAGGUGCCGUGAGUUCUUAAGUGACAAUCUUUUUAAUUACAUCCUGUGUAAUCCUUCGCACAAGCUGUACAGAUUCCUCCCUUCUAAGAACAAGUGCGAGGUCAAUAUCUAUCUAUCUAUCUUAUGACUGCAUUACAUGUGUGAUUUCAAAAUUAAAGAAUAAUACUUGCAAAGUAUAAAAUAGUUAUGUAAAACUGCACAAUGUGCAUGGUUUUUUUUUGAGAUGUCAUCUUCAAAAAAACCAUGCCUUUUACUCAGUUAAUUAAGGUAAAUGCAUGGUCAUUGCUAACCAAGAUCUUACAAUUUUAUUUUUUAUUUGAAAGGAAGAAAAAACACUAUGAUUCGAAACAAGUUUACAUUUACAAGUGACUUCAUAGUAAAAAAUAAUGAUCUUCUCUAUUCCAGGGUAACUUGUGGCGAGGAUCCAGCAUGUUCCGACGGACUGUUCGCCAAGUAAAAGGGAACUAG